AUGGCUGGCAUCAAGAAAAUAAGAACGUCACCAUACAACCCAAGGUGCAAUGGUGUAACCGAAAGGAUGAAUCGUACACUCUUGGAUAUGCUUGGCACUCUCAACCACAGCCAAAAGAAAGACUGGAGAAAAUAUGUUGGACCUCUAGCCCAUGCGUACAACUGCAUUGUACAUGACACCACAGGCUACUCACCAUACUACCUCAUGUUCGGCCGUCAUGCACGCCUACCAGUAGACAUGGUGUUUGGAACAGAUCCUGACAGCAGGACUUCAAAAGGACCUCAACAGUAUGUCAAAGAUCUGCGGGACCGACUCCAGUUUGCAUUCCAAGUGGCCAGGGAGAAUGCCAAAAAGUCAGCGAUUCGCAACAAGGGCUACUAUGACCGAAAAGCUCAUGCAGCAGCAUUGGAACCAGAUGACCGGGUGCUUGUCCGCAACAUUGGGGUCAAAGGAAAACAUAAGAUCGCUGACAGAUGGAAGUCGGGAGUCUACAUUGUCGAACGUCACCAAGGUGAACUGCCUGUCUAUGUUGUUCGACCAGAAAAUGGAGACGGGCCCUCAAAGACUUACCAUCGCAACCUCUUACUUCCUGUUGGUUCAUUGCCCCUAGAUAUGGAUGAACCAGAAAGAAACCAGUGUCACAGGCAGCCUGUCACCAGAUCCAGAGCCCUAAAUCAUCAACCGGAGGACACCUUGGAAUCCUCUGAAGAUGAACUACACACUGUCAAUGUAUGGUAUCCACAGCCUGACACCAUUGAAGCUGUACCCACUAGCAGCUUGAACCCUGAGGCUCGACCCUUUGAACCACAAGAGCAGGCGCUGCCAUACACACAACCUACUGUAGAGGAAGUCCCUGCUAUCCAAGUGGUUCCCGGUAUGCAGAAUGAGGCAACCACUGCAGGACCCCUCACCUGGGAAAUGGUUGCAGUGGAAGCUGAAGCUGCUCCAUCAGAACCCAUGGAGAGUGGGGACUCAGGAGAACUACAUGGGAGAGAAGAUGGGCUGCCUGAAGAUCUGGACAAUGAGGAUACAUCGCUCAUCGCUCCUUGUGAUCCGGUAGAAUCAUCUGGUGGUGAGCCAGACCUAUCUGAGAACUCUGUGGACUCUGCUAUAAGUGAUCCAGUUGCUGCGGACAGGCCACUCCCGUCUCUCCCCUGUGAGGAGACUGUUAUCAUGACCUUGCCGGAAGCUCCUCGUAGAUCCCAGCGCCAGCGACGAAGCACUAGGUUCUUUUCCUGGGAUCCAUUUACGAAGAAGUAUUGUCAGGUCAUACAUGUGUGA